CCGAAACGCCCGCCGUUCCAUUUGGCUCGCGAUCAUUGAUCUUACCUACUUGGCGCUGUUAAUUCGUAUUAUUAAUUCAAUCAAUCACGGGUCGGAUUGGAUUGGAUUGGACUGCCUGGCUGGCUGGCAGCAGCUGCCCUAACGAUCGAUCACCCGGCAAUCGGCGAUCGACGGAUCUGUUGGGAUCGUUGAUCUCGUGUGCUGAAUGUAUCUGUAUCUGUAUCUCCACCGUGUUAAAGUAUUUGUGGAGAUGCGUGUGUCUUUGGCAUUUCACAAAUGCGGCGGCGUUCUAGUUUUGCCCUGUCGAAUAGAAUUUCUGUCUUGUCGGCCUGACGUUUUGCCUCUUGGCUAAUUUAAUUGUUUGUGCUUUUCAUUAAGGUUCCCUCGGCCAGAUAGAUAGAUAGAUAGAUGGAUGGGAUCCCAAGGCUUUUUUAGUUCAUUGAAACAUUUAUAGCACAAACGCGCGUUCGCUGGGCUGGCAUUUAAUUCGCUAAUUGCUAAUGCGCUCGCAGCUUAUCAAAGUGGAGCAUCAUAACCUAUUUUUCCUCUUCUAUUUUAUUUGAUUUUUGUCCUCUUGCUACUUUUUUUGACCGUCUGCCUUGUUUUGUUUGUUGUUUUGCUUUUUGUUUUAAUUUAGCCGCAUAUUUCAGUACAAAUAUUUGAUAAGAACAUUCGAAUUCGCACGUCUCGCGGCGAUAAUUCGGCGGCAUUACUCAUUCGCCGCGUUGCCCGCGACUUGUUUGCCCGCUUGCGGUUUACAGUUAGACCUGCUUCCGGCAGUUAAACUUUUAAUUUCGAGCGCUUUAAUUUUUAAUUCUGCAUGCCUAAUGCGAGACUGAAAUUCAUUUUCGAUUCUGACGCAGCAUCCCAUAAAUGCGGUUUACGAAAAUGCUUAUUCGAGCAGGUUCAAAAUACUCUUAAUGAUGUGGUAAUUCCGCGGAGACCACACCGCAAAAAAACAAUGUUUAUUACUUCGCAGUUUCACGCUAUUCCGUUCAUUUCCCUUUCAUUUUUAUAUUCGAUUUUUACAACACUGUUUUUAAUGCGUUUUCAAAACUAACACUUCUUUUUAGCUCUUAAAAGUCCAGAUGUUAAAUUUAUGAAAUGAAAAUUAUAUUGAAAUAUAUAGAACAGAUUUCUUUCGGUGUCCGUAUAUUUUUGGAAGUCGGCACUCUGCUGGCGAUAAUCUACGCUAAGCUGCUGGCUAAUUGAAAUGUUUAUGGCCGGACGUGAAGCGCGCCAGUUAUUACAGAUUUCUGAUGAAGCCUUGUCGCUGGCAAUUUAUCUAAACCUCUGCCCAUUAGCGGGCUAUUCGCUGGCUUCGAUCUAGCCACUCUAUCCAUGGAGAGAGUCCAACCACCCAAGACUCUCCGUUUUUAUCUAAUUAGGUAGUCAAAACAAAAAAUAGAGAAAAGAGAACGCCGUAUAAACUGUGUCACUAAACAAAAAUCCGAGCAGCAAGGGAGGGGCGCGGUGGAGCUCAACUUUGCCCAGAGAAUUGUGUCAGAUAGAUAAAAAGAAAAACGAUGCCAGCGGCAACGACUGCGACAACGACGAUGGUGGCAAUGAUGAUGAUGAUGGUCGUGGAGAUGGUGAAUGGUCAUAUCGCUGUAACGAUGGAUGAGGAAGGCGUCGGGGCAGCCACUCCUUUCAGCACAAUAAUUAUAACCUCGAUUCCCCAGCUUUAUGGUAGAGGAGAACUGGCCCCGAAAUUGUGGAGCAUUUGAAUAAUUUUACAAGAAUGCAAUCAACGUGAAAACAGAACGAAAAAGAAGAGAUUGUCAAAUGAAAGAAAAAAGUCAGAAAAAGUAGGCGGUGGCCUUUGUUGAUUUAAAUGGCACCCGAAAUUCCGAGAGGGAACUUUGGCUAUAUGGACAACUAUUCAAAUUGAGGUCAUUCAUCUCGCUUCGUUGAGCGCGCUUAAGUGAAUUAUGUAUACGUAGUGUGUAUACGUAUAUCUAUGUAUGUGUGUGUGGUCCGUGUGGAUAGGGAAUCAGAAUCGGAAUCGGAGGUCUGGAGUAUUUGAAGGCGGGUCAGCAGCUCGGAUGAGCAUGUGAAUGGGAAAAAGAAAAAGAAGAAAUUAUUCCCCCGAAGGUGGUUCCAUUUACACGUUGUGGAAAGCCUUUCUCCAAAUCCCCGCUAAUUGCCCGCAAUUUGCCAUUGGAAUCUGUCAAUCGCCCGCUGUUCGAAAAAUCCACACAAUCUGAUUGAAUCGAGAUCGACGCCCUCCGCUUAGGAUUUCCAUAAAUAUUUGCCAGCACUGAAAUUUUGAUAUUUCUUGACGUUCUCCAUCCGACUCGUUUCGUAUCGUUUCGUUUCGGUUUGGUUUACUUUGGUUUAGUUUUAUUUCGUAUCGAAUCGUAUCGUAUAGUAUCGGUAUCGUUCGCCUGGCUUUAUUUGAUUUUCUUAUGGGAGUAGGUCAGUUCAAAAUUUGCAUAUAUGGCUGCCUUUGAUUUCUCGCUCGAUUUUUUAUUCAUAUUCUGACUGUUUGCCCUGCCCCAAAAACGUAAAUGUGCGAACACGUGCUAUACGUACGAUGGUUUUCUUAUCCAUCGACUUGUUUGGAUUUAGUUGUAGCGAUUAUUGGUUAUAAAAUAAGCGUAGAUUUUGCUUUAUCUGAAGUGGGUUGUGUGGUGUGGACAUACCGAGGAGUUGGGUCAAUUGCAAGGUAAAUAGAAUGCAACAAUGAAACAGUUUGUCUAGCCAUUAUGUAACUAAAAUAUGUCUAUAAAUUCGAUUUGUUAAACGGUAAAGCUUCAGUUGAGAUUCUGAAAUAUUGCUGAAAGCAUGAAGUUGGCUCUGGUACUCUUGGCAGGACUGUGCAUCCUCUGUGAUUAUUUCACUUCCGGACAGUUUUACACCUACAAUGCAGAUGAAAUAUGCAUAUGCUCGGGUCAUUUGGUGAACGAUUUGGUUCCGGACUGCGAAGAUUGCGCCGGUUACUACAUUUGUGGCGAUGGCUCCUACGAGAAGGUGAAGUGCCCUCAGGGUCUGAUUUUCGACAUUUCCUUGAAGACCUGCGUACUGGGUCAGUGUCCAAGAUUCGAUGGCACUUGUUCAGCAAACUCUACCGUCCCUCCGCCCGUCACCACGACCACGACCACAACCACAACGACUGCAGCUCCACCUACACCUACAUCUACUUCAGGACCUUGUGACGAUAAUGUGACGUGUCAAUUGGAAGAAAACAGUAUCCCCCAUCCGGAUCAUUGUCGAAAUUUUUACACCUGCUAUGGAAAAUGCGCCGUUUUGGGACUCUGCGAGCUGGGAAAAUGGUUCGAUCGGGAGAGAAAUGUGUGCGAUUAUUCCUAUAGUGUCACAAACUGUCCCGCCAACCAGGACUAAGACACGCCACUUUUAGGUAUUAAAGAAUAUUCUUUUCUUGAAUUUAUUCUUCCUCAUAUUGUUACCUACGUAUAUCUAUUGUUCGCCUAUAAAAAUCCAUCAAUAUUAUAUCAGCAAAAGUAAAUACUUGUGCUUUAUAACCAAGUUGUGAUUGGUGACGGACUCCAGGGGGACUUAAAGCUGUAAGAAAAGUAAAUUAACUGUGGACCAACUGCCAUCGGGGAAGAUUAAAUCAAAUAAAUAUGUGUCAUGGCAAAUCGAAGUGAGGCAAAGUUAAUUUGAACGGUCAUUAAACUGCAAUUGUACUCAUGAAUAGUCAGCGAAUAGGCAAAAAUCCAACAACAUGGCGAUAAUUUACGCAAAUUGCUUGACACAAUUUUGCAGUUCAUUGUUAUUGUUGCUUCUACUAUUAUUGCUGUUAUUGUUGUUGUGUGGGAGCGUGUGGGCGGUUGCUGCGUUCGAGUUGUUGUUGCCGCUGUUGCCACCGCCGGCUGAGAAAAGCAACAAAUUUAGCACGCAACUAACAAUUUUAGCUGUUCCAGAUAGAGCGGCACACACUCGCAAACUGACUGGCACACCCAGGUGCAUAUGAAAGCAAACAAAAGUAAUGCUCAGCUUCGUACACGGCGCGAAAAAAGGAGUGCA